AUGAAUGAAACCGAGUGGGUGUUUCUGCUGAUGCUGUCGCGUACUCUUUCUCCCCCAGGUGCCGGGGUUUGCUGCCCCCCAGGCUGGAUUUCCUUCCGGACCAACUGUUACUGGGAUUCCAGAGCGGGGAAGUCCUGGGAAGACGCCAAGAGUGACUGCGAAGAUAAAGAUUCUCACCUGGUGAUCAUCAACUCCUACGAGGAACAACUGUUUGUAUCACAGCACGUGAGGCCGCGGUUCACGUGGAUUGGCCUGACGGAUGCCAGUGGCAGCUGGAAGUGGAUCGAUGGGACACCGUACACGAUUCGCCCAGAGGACUGGCGUGACGAACAGCCGGACAACUGGUACGGCCACGGCCUUGGCGGAGGGGAAGACUGCGCUCACUUGCAUGACGACGGGCGCUGGAACGACGACCACUGCUCCCGCCUCUACGGCUGGGUUUGUGAGAUGGAGGCAGGCAGUUAAGCAACAUCACAGCGCAAGGAGAGCCCUGCUGGAUCUGACCAUUUAGGUUCCAUUCGUCUCACACAGUGGCCAACCGGUUGCCCCGGAGGGCCAACAUCUGGGCCUAGAGGCCUUGGACUUUUCAGCCUUUCCUCACGGGACACGGGGGCUCCAGCCCUGCAUUAUCCUGCCCAACCGUUCCCCUUCCCCUGAAGAGAGAGAAGUCUUGCUGUCCCUCAGCCCAAAAGGAUCCUGACGACCAAACCCUUUGACACAUCCUGGGAAGAGACCGUUGCCGUGUGCUGCCUCUCACAACAGAGGCCUUCUUCUCCUUCCUCACAAUCUUGUGCCUACUGUGCUGCAGAACUGAAGCCCAACUCUCUGGCAGCGGGGAUGAUUCCGACUGCUUGCGGGGUUGGAUCCUGCGGAUCCACAAGGGGCUGCACUUUUCCCCCUUGGAGGAGCACUACCACCAUUCGUGGAAUGGAUCCCUGGGAUGAUCG